UAAACCUAGUGUAGAAGGUGGAAUAUGGAGGAUUGUCUGCCGGCCUGUCCAUCUACCUGUCCCUCUGCCUCCCUCCCUGUCCCUCUGCCUCCCUCCCUGUCCGUCUGCCUCCCUCCCUCCCUGCCCAUCUGUCCGUCUGCCUCCUUCCCUCCCUGUCCGUCUGCCUCCCUCCCUCCCUGUCCGUCUGCCUCCCUCCCUCCCUGCCCAUCUGCCUCUGCCUCCCUCCCUCCCUGUCCGUCUGCCUCCCUCCCUCCCUGUCCGUCUGCCUCCCUCCCUCCCUGUCCGUCUGCCUCCCUCCCUCCCUGUCCGUCUGCCUGGCCCUCUGCCCUCCUCCCUGUCCGUCUGCCUCCCUCCCUCCCUGUCCGUCUGCCUCCCUCCCUCCCUGUCCCUCUGCCUCCCUCCCUCCCUGCCCAUCUGCCUCCCUCCCUCCCUGCCCAUCUGUCCAUCUAUCCGUCUGCCGGCCUGUCCGUCAACCUGUCCCUCUGCCUCCCUCCCUCCCUGCCCAUCUGCCUCCCUCCCUCCCUGUCCCUCUGCCUGCCUCCCUCCCUCCCUGUCCCUCUGCCUGCCUCCCUCCCUCCCUGUCCGUCUGCCUCCCUCCCUCCCCUGCCCUCUGCCUCCCUCCCUCCCUGCCCAUCUGCCUCCCUCCCUGCCCAUCUGCCUCCCUCCCUCCCUGUCCGUCUGCCUCCCUCCCUCCCUGCCCUCUGCCUCCCUCCCUCCCUGCCCAUCUGCCUCCCUCCCUCCCUGCCCAUCUGUCCAUCUAUCCGUCUGCCGGCCUGUCCGUCUGCCUGUCCCUCUGCCUCCCUCCCUGUCCGUCUGCCUCCCUCCCUCCCUGUCCGUCUGCCUCCCUCCCUGUCCCUCUGCCUCCCUCCCUCCCUGCCCUCUGCCUCCCUCCCUCCCCUGCCCAUCUGCCUCCCUCCCUCCCUGUCCGUCUGCCUCCCUCCCUCCCUGCCCAUCUGUCCAUCUAUCCGUCUGCCGGCCUGUCCGUCUGCCUGUCCCUCUGCCUCCCUCCCUGCCGGCCUGUCCGUCUGCCUCCCUCCCUGCCGGCCUGUCCGCCUCCCUCCCUCCCUCCCUCCCUGUCUCCCUCCCUCCCUGUCGGCCUGUCUCCCUCCCUGUCUCCCUCCCUCCCUCCCUCCCUGCCGGCCUCCCUCCCUCCCUCCCUGCCGGCCUGCCUCCCUGCCGGCCUGUCUCCCUCCCUGCCGGCCUGCCUGCCUGCCUGUCUCCCUCCCUCCCUGCCCACCUGUCCCUCUGCCUCCCUCCCUACCUACCUACCGGCCUCCCUCCCUCCCUCCCUCCCUGCCUGUCCGUCUGUCUGCUUGCUGGUCUAUCUGAUGAAAGAUGCUGAGGUUAAUAUCGAGGACAUUAAAGAAUAGGGGAAUAAGGAUGAUCCACUAUCUAACUGGAAUAAAAACAGAAUGGAACCCUCUAGAA